AUGGCCGCCACCGACGCCGCGAAGCUCUCCGUCUCCGGCCAGGCCUUCGCGGCGCUCCUCGACUGCUGUGGGAACGCCGCCGGCGACUGCGACGGUCUGCUCUUCGGCCGCGCCGUCCGCCCCCCGCCCCCUCCCCCAUCCUUCUUCGACGACGACGACGACGCCCCCACCUCCUCCGCCCCAACCCUAACCAUCUCCAUCACCGGCCACGCCUCGCUCGCCCAACCCGCCUCCCUCUCCGACGCCCUCGGCCGCUUCCACCCCUACUCCCCCGGCCGUCCGGACGCCGUCGGCUUCUUCUCCUCCCGCCGCAGCGCGACGCUCCGCCCCUCCAUGCGAGAGGCCGCCGUCGCCCGCUCCCUCUCCAAAUCCCUACCCCGCGCCCAACCCCUCGUGCUCGUCCUCUUGGCCCCCUCCGCCUCCUCCAACCUCUCCACUCACUCCUUCGACUACCGCGCUUUCCUGUUGGUCGAUUCCCUCUUCGUCCCCGCCUCCCUCCAGGUCGUCAACGUGGGUCCUGGCUUUUGGGGCCAGUAUCACACCUUCGCGGCGGAGUCGCCAAUGCCGUGGAUGCCUCGGCCGCCGGCAAGGGAUUACGGCCUCGGGGAGAAGAAGGCGAUGGAUCGGAUGACGCAGGGGUUCGGGCCGAGCAGAUUACAGGCGAUGCUGACUUCGGCCAGUGGGUACACAACCGAGGUGGAGGAGUUGUACUCUGGGAUGCUAAGAAAGCUGGAUGGGCUUGCUCGGGAGACGGAGAACAGCGGUCGUCACGCGCGCCAUCAGGAAUACAAGAACUCAUUGCUAAGGAGACAAAUUGCCAGGCUGAAUUAAGGGCAGAGAUCUUGUCAUCAGCAAGGCUCCAAGGAAGGUCUCAAGAUUUGAAGCCAGGAUCAUUGAACUGUGUUGAGAAGCGUCUGCCUAUUUCUUCCUCUUUUUGACUGGGUCCUCUUUUGGACUUCCACC